CAGGGUUAGCUUAACCAACCCACCCAGUCUCUUCUCUCCCACUGAUACACAGAUCUUUUCUUCAUCUCCAUCGCUAUGCUGCUUCUCAAAAUAUCUUCCAGAUCUGAUCUUAAUCACGCUUCAUCUUCAUAUUUCUAAUCAUUUUUAUCUCAAAUGUUUGAUUUUAUUCAAUUGUAUUUGUAAUUAAAAGAUAAAUGGAGACGCAAAGAAUGUUGGAUUUUGCUCAUAACAUGGAUAAUCGUCCCAGGAAGCGUCAGAGAUUGACAUGGGACAUGCCUCCUCCUCUUCCUUAUCCAAAGGUCUUUCCAGCACUACAUAACGGGCAGGAAUAUGCCAAUGGGUGCAUUCCGAAUUAUGCCUUUUCUUCUAUAUAUUACAAGGACUUGCCUCCCAGAGGAUCCCCUCCUUGGAGACCAGAUGAUAAAGAUGGGCAUUACGUUUUCGCUGUUGGUGAUAGUUUGACUCCUCGUUACAGAAUUCUGAGCAAGAUGGGUGAAGGGACUUUCGGAAAAGUUUUGGAAUGUUUGGACAAUGAGAAGAAAGAGAUUGUAGCAAUUAAAAUUGUUCGAUCCAUACAUAAAUAUCGUGAAGCUGCUUUGAUUGAAAUAGAUGUUUUACAAAAGUUGUGCAGGCAUGACAUUGGUGGCCAACGUUGUGUGCAAAUACGGAAUUGGUUUGACUAUCGUAAUCAUAUAUGUAUUGUUUUUGAGAGGCUAGGGCCAAGCUUAUACGAUUUUCUCCGGAAAAACAGCUACCGUUCAUUCCCUAUUGAUCUUGUUCGGGAGUUUGGCAGACAACUUUUGGAUUCUGUAGCAUUUAUGCAUGAUCUUCGCCUGAUUCACACUGAUCUGAAACCGGAAAAUAUACUUCUUGUUUCCUCCGAAUAUAUUAAAGUUCCAGAUCAUAAGUUUCUUUCUCGAUGCCCUAGAGAAGGUUCCUAUUUCAAGAAUUUACCAAAGACAAGCUCCAUUAAGCUUAUCGACUUCGGGAGCACUACAUUUGAACAUCAAGAUCAUAACUAUAUAGUAUCAACACGUCAUUACCGUGCACCAGAAGUUAUUCUGGGUCUUGGGUGGAACUAUCCUUGUGACAUGUGGAGUGUUGGCUGCAUCCUUGUCGAACUUUGCUCUGGUGAGGCCCUUUUCCAGACACAUGAGAACUUGGAACAUCUUGCAAUGAUGGAGAGGGUUUUAGGACCGCUUCCCCAACAUAUGAUUAUCAGAUCCGAUCGUCGUGCUGACAAGUACUUCAGAAGAGGUGUACGGUUAGAUUGGCCAGAGGGGGCUACUUCAAGAGAGAGUAUGAGGUCUGUCUGGAAAUUGCCACGUCUCCAGAAUCUAGUCAUGCAGCAUGUAGACCACUCUGCUGGGGAUUUAAUUGAUCUAUUGCAAGGGCUAUUACGAUAUGAUCCAACAGAGAGACUUACAGCGAGGGAAGCUUUAAAACACCCCUUCUUUACUAGGGAUCUGAGAAGGUGUGGCUUUCCAAUGUGAAAUUGCCGUGAUCCAGUGGUGAAAUUGUUGAAGGGAAAAAAAAAAGUUUAUAUAAAGCAUUAAUGAUAAAGAAAAAGAAAUUAAAUCUUGAUAAUCUGUCUCUGUUUUUUUUUUUUUUUGUUAAUUUCCAAAUUAUUUCCUGUUGCUGAUUGUGUGGGUGUUGAUUUAUAUUUGCCUGUCCCUUUCCUGACCCCAAAAUUUUCUCAAAUCUUAUGUUCCAUACUUUGAUCAUGUUUAAAUCUGUAAAUCUGGAUAUUGUGUUUGUUUGGUUGCCCUGAAAUGAUUUGGCAUAUCAAUUAAAAGUUUGGUCUAGCUCA